AUGGGCAUGCCCACGCCUAUGUAUCACCCCGCGGCCCCCGGAGUAAGCCAACUCCUGGUGAACGCCACUCACAACCAGCACGGUAUGCCCAUCCCAGGCACACCUGGCAUGGAUCCUAAUAUGCCGACCCAUCACCGCUCGACCGGCCACUCCCAGACCCCGACCUCGGUCAAGACCUUGCGACUCCCGGAGUACUUCUCUGAUUUCAAGGAUCAGGGUAACAGCAACGCUCCUGGGUCCAGCACAGGUCCCAGUGCUUCUACAGGCGGACAUGGUCCAGAGGAAGCCGCCUUCUUGGGUGCCCAGAUGGGAGCCAAGGUUUUCUUCGUGCUGGAUCAAGGUCUCUCCAAGGGCUACAUGAGCCGUGUUGAGUACAAUGAGAGCGGACCUUCGGCCAUUCACGAGUAUGUUCUGUAA